ACUGGGACAAUAGUGAGUGGUGCACACUUCCUUCGCCCGGCCACAGAAGACAAAAAAGAGUUGCUGGUGUAACAAUAGGAAGAAUAUAUUCCACUCCUCUCUUGUACACGCGGCUUAUGAGAUGAACGCUCGUCAAGAAGAACGUCCCCUUCAGCAGCAGGAGGAUCCACAGCCCCCCCACAUUAAAGAGGAAGAGGAGGAAGUGUGGAUCAGUCAGGAGGGAGAGUGUCCUGUAGGGCAGGAGGAGGCUGAUGUCAGCAAGUUUCCACUGACUGUUGUCUCUGUGAAGACUGAAGAGCAUGAAGACAAACCACCUGAGUCCUCACAGCUUCAUCACAGUCCAAACGUCCAGCAGGUGUCAGCAGAGAGUCAUGAAGAGAUUCCCUCCAAGCAGCAGGAGUGGAGCUCCAGUGUGGGACAGAAGGAGCGACAGGCCCCCUCCCACAUUAAAGAGGAAGAGGAGGAACUGUCGAAGCAGCUUCAAAGGGUGGAGGAGGCUAAUGAUGAAGAUGAAGCUCAGUCCUUACAGCUUCAUCACAGUCAAAGUGAGGAGAACGGAGGGGCGGAGCUUGUAAGUCAACACAUCACAGAAGCUGAUGGAGAGCAUUGUGAAGAUAUAAAGUCAGAACCAGACAGCAUCUUUGCUCCACUGCCAGACAUGGACCACAUGAUGUCAGACUCUUCUGAUCACAGUGACCACAUCCAACAACCUUUGGAGAGUAAAAAUGACUCUAAAGGUGAUACGAGACAUCACACUAACAACAAAGACUCUGACUGCUCUGAAUGUGAGAAAUCAUUUAGACUGAAGAGUGAUUUUACAGUACACAUGAGAAUACAUACUGGAGAGAAACCUUUUACUUGCUCUGUUUGUAAGAAAAGUUUCUCCACAAAGCAACACAUGACCACACACAUGAGAACACACACGGGAGAGAAACCUUUUACUUGCUCUGUUUGUAAGAAGAGUUUCUCCGUUAAGCCUGCCAUGACCAGACACAUGAGAACACACACUGGAGAGAAACCUUUUACUUGCUUUGUUUGUCAGAAGCAUUUCUCCACAAAGUCUAACAUGUCCUCACACAUGAGAACACACACUGGAGAGAAAGCAUUUAGUUGCACUGUGUGUGAUAAGAUGUUCUGGCAUAAGUAUCAGGUCAGUAAACACAAGUGUGUAACAGUCAUGGAAGCUGCAGGGAUUUAAAAACACUUAGUGAUUGUGCUAAAUGUACUUUAAAAACACAGCAUGAUUAAUAUGAAUGUAUAUUUGAUGUUGUAUGUAGUGCCUCUCAUCUUCUACUGUUAAAUUUAAAGGCCUACUGAAAGCCACUACUACCGACCACGCAGUCUGAUAGUUUACAUAUCAAUGAUGAAAUAUUAACAUUGCAACACAUGCCAAUACGGCCUUUUUAGUUUACUAAAUUGCAAUUUUAAAGGAGAACAUUAUCACCAGACAUAUGUAAGAGUCAAUAUAUACCUUGAUAUUGCAGAAAAAAGACCAUAUGUUUUUUUAACGGAUUUCCGAACUCUAAAAGGGUGAAUUGGCGAUUUAAACACCUUUCAAUUGUUUGCUGUCGGAGCAAUGACCUUUCACCUGUGACGUUACAACGGGAAGCAAUACACUAUUUUCUCAAACACAUUACACACACAAGUCAAAUCAGCUCUGUUAUUUUUUGUUUUUACUACUGUUUUCCGUCCCUUGGAGACAUCAUGCCUCGUCGGUGUGUUGUCGGAGGGUGUAACAACACGAUCAGGGACGGAUUCAAGGUGACUUACGUGGCGUGUGCAUCGAUUAACAUGGCAUGCUAAUCGAUGCUAACAUGCUAUUUAGGCUAGCUGUAUGUACAUAUUGCAUCGUUAUGCCUCAUUUGUAGCUAUAUUUGCAUCCAGCCUUUCCCUCCACCCACAUUUAAUGCCAAACAAACACAUACCAAUUGACGGAUUCAAGUACACCAGUGGUCAAAAGAUGCAAAAGUCCCUUGUUUGUUCUGCACAUUUUACCAACGACAGCUAUGCUACGACAGACAUGGCACAGAGGUGUGGAUAUCCUGCGACACUCAAAGCAGAUGCAUUUCCAACGAUAAAGUCAACGAAAUCACAAAGGUGAGUUUUGUUGAUGUUAUUGACUUAUGUGCUAAUCAGACAUAUUUGGUCACGGCAUGACUGCCAGCUAAUCGAUGUUAACAUGCUAUUUAGGCUAGCUGUAUGUACAUUUGUAGCUAUAUUUGCAUCCAGCCUUUCCCUCCACCCACAUGUUAUGCCAAACAAACAUUUACCAAUCGAUGGAUUUAAGUUGCUCCAGUGGUCAAAAGAUGCAAUCGUUGGUUAGAAGGCGAUCGCCGAAUAGCUUCAAUAGCUAUUCACUCAAUAGCUUCAGUUUCUUUUUCAAUUUCGCUUUCGCUAUCUGCCUCCACACUCCAACCAUCCGUUUCAAUACAUUCGUAAUCUGUUGAAUCUGCUGAAAUCCACGUCUGAAUCCGUGCUAAUGUCACUAUAUCUUGCUGUUCUAUCCGCCAUGUUUGUUUGUAUUGGCGUCACUAUAUGACGUCACAGGAAAAUGGACGGGUGGAUUUACAGAUAGCGAAAAUCAGGCACUUAAAGCCUUUUUUCGGGAUAAUCCAUGAUGGAUAACAUUUUGAAAAAAACUUCAAAAAAUAAAAUAAACCACUGGGAACUGAUUUUUAUUGGUUUUAACCCUUCUGAAAUUGUGAUAAUGUUACCCUUUAAAUUUCUCUCGAGUUACUUGUUAAAAUCGUCGCGGAAUGAUGACGCAUACGCGUGACAUCACCUGUUGGAGGGGACAUAUUAGCGUAGCACCAAACACGGCUAAAAGUCGUCUCUUUUCAUCGCGCAAUUACAAAGUAUUUUGGACAUCUGUGUUGCUGAAUCUUUUGCAAUUUGUUCAUUUAAUAAUGGAGAUUAUAAAGAAGAAUGCUGUUGGUGGAAAGCGGUGGAUUGCAGCUGUCUUUAGCACCGAGACACAGCCGGUGUUUCUUUGUUUGUUUUUAACACAGAGCGGUCAAGCGAACAUGUUUUCUCUACGUCAACCAGCAUGUUUUUGGAUGGGGAAAUUGUGAUAUAUAUUUUACCGGAGAAAUCGUUGGAUUAUUCGUCGCCCUGCAGCAGCUGUGAGCUUGGCUCCUCGGCUUCUCUCUGAGACACAGUGUGUUCACCGCAGCCAUCCGACCUCGAGGUAUGUCUUUACAAUCUCACUAAAACACUAUUAAAACAAUAAGCAGAUAAGUGAUCUUCCACAAUUAUCCUAGUAAAUGUGUCUAAUUACAUCUGAAACGCUCACACUGCCGUCUCCCGGAGCCGUCGCGUUUUUUUUUUUUUUUCUUCUAGUCCUUUACUAUCAAUAUCCUAAUUCACAAAUCUUUCAUCCUCGCUCAAAUUAAUGGGGAAAUUGUCGCUUUCUCGGUCCGAAUUGUUGUUACUGCUGGUGGCUCCCAUUAAAAACAAUGUGAAUAUGCGUGGAGUCCUACAACUCGUGACGUCACGC